CAGUGCAGCACACAUGGGCACAUCAGACGCACAGACAGGCAGACAGGCAGACAGCAGCCCCUCCCAGCUCCUAUCCCAGUUGUGUUUUCUUUGCUUGUGUGGAGGCUCUCUCUAAUGUCCAGCGUAUCUCCCGUCAAUGGACUGUAGCCAAUCAACGUCUCGUGACCUCCCACAUCCCUCCCGUUUCUCCAGUGCUGGAUCACAAACUUCUAUCUUUAGUUACUCCCGACAUCACAGCGCUCUGUCACUCAUUCAUUCUGAAUCUACAGUAGCUGAAUGUGUAGUUGCUGUUCAUUAAAAUGACGUGGGACAAAAUAGCGGUAUUCAUUUUGAAACUUUCAUGGACGGUUUAUCAUGUUGCAGCCAUUCAAAGACAAGACAUGUAUCCAUUUGGGAUGUUUUCCGGCGAUGUCACUCUGCAAGAGGGGGACGAUGAGACUUCCAAAGUGAUAACUCUGACUAAACCCAUGUACUUCUAUGAGGCGUCCUUCAGAAAUCUAUAUGUGGCCACCAAUGGAAUCAUCUCAACUCAGGAUCUUCCCAUGGAGAAGCAGUAUGUGGAUGAUGGCUUCCCUACCGACUUCCCUGUCAUCGCCCCCUUCCUGGCAGACAUUGACACCAGUAAGGGAAAAGGAUCCAUCUACUACCGGCAGACGGAGUCCCCUACCGUGUUGAAGCAAGUGGAAGCGGAUGUGAUGAGAGGCUUUUCAGACGCAACAUUCACCCCUACCCAUGCCUUUAUCGCCACCUGGGAGAACGUAUCAGCCUAUGAGGAGGACACCCGCAGCUCUACCCCAUCCAACCGGAUAAACACAUUCCAAGUGGUGCUUGCAUACAACGAGAAGGAUACUUACGCACUCUUCCUUUACCCAGAGGAUGGGCUGCAGUUUUUUGGAACACGGCCCAAAGAAUCUUACAAUGUUGAAAUAGAGCUUCCAGCUCGCGUGGGCUUCACCAGAGGAGAGCUGUCCUACUUCAUUUUCUCUCGGACAGAGGGGCCGUACUACAGUGUCACCAGCAAUGAUGAACAGUCCCUCAAAAACCUUUAUCAGAAUGGUAACACAGGAUUGCCUGGAGUUUGGCUCUUUCACAUUGGAAACAGAUAUUCCUUCCAGAAUGUUGUUCCUGCUCAACAUGAGACCAUUUCAGUCAUAGCUUCCCAAGUUCUGGAUCCUGAGUUCCCUGAAAAAGACUAUACAGAAACAGAUGAGGAUGAGUACCACAUCGAUCCAGACUUCCAGGAUCCCACCACUACAGAUUUUCUUGAGCCUGAGCGGGACUCCUCUUUACUGCAGGGUCUCAACCAGGCAGUCCCCCAUGAUCAUUCUCCUCUCCAGCCAUCAGUUUCAGGUUCAGUGGAGUUUCCUCAGCCAGAACCCCAUAAUCUCCCUCCAGAGGAUGUGACUCAGCCUCAACCCCAGCGGCCACUACCGAAGCAUGCUAUACUGCAGGUGUACCCAAACCGCCUGAAGGGUGUCCCACCCCAUACCUCUGGUGGCCAAGUGUUCAGUGUUGAGGAGAAAGUCAACUUUGACUCUGAAGUGAUCCAAUACUCCACUGAUAAUAAAGAAACCUGUGAACGCUUUCAACAACAGUGCAGUCAGAACGCACGCUGCAUGGACUAUUCCACUGGCUUCUGCUGUCACUGUAACUCUGGAUUCUAUGGCAAUGGACACCACUGCCUGCCAAAUGGUGCCCCUCAUCGUGUGAAUGGAAAGGUUAGGGGGACCAUAUCGGUUGGCGGGACUCUAAUUCAGCUUGACAGCAUUGACCUCCAUGCCUACAUCGUGGUGGGUGAUGGACGUGCGUAUACUGCCAUCAGUGAGGUCCCAGAGCUGCUGGGCUGGUCCCUCAUGCCCGUGUCCCCCAUUGGAGGUCUUUUUGGUUGGCUCUUCGCCCUCGAGCUGCCAAAUAGCUUUAAUGGCUUCAGUAUCACCGGUGCGGAGUUCACGCGGCGUGCCGAUGUGACCUUUUAUCCCAGUAACCAGCGUCUCAGCAUCGUCCAGACCGCCACAGGUUUGGACACUCAAAACUACCUCAGUGUGGAUACUCAUUUACAGGGCAGCAUACCCUUCAUACCUCCUGGUGCCACAGUGCAAAUGGAGCCAUUUAAGGACACCUACCACUAUUAUCCUUCAUUGAUUACCUCUACGUCAGUGCAUGAGUUUACUGUUGUGUCAGUGGAGAAUGGAGCUGAGACCUUCACGUUCCAGGUCAAACAGAAUAUCACAUACAGGGACUGCAGUCACGGACCCCGUAGCAGACUCGAGACACAGGAACUGAGAAUGGAGCGAAUAUUUGUUAUGUUUGUCAAAGAGGAGCGCAUCCUUCGAUAUGCCAUCACCAACAAGAUUGGCCCUGUUGGAGCUAGAGACCCAGAACCAGAAAAUGUGAACCCUUGUUACUCUGGAAAUCAUGACUGUGACACAACUGCAGAGUGUGUGCCGGGCGAGGGCCAGGUGUUCACGUGUCAGUGCGCCACAGGUUACCGAGGAGACGGACGCAACUGUUAUGAUGUGGAUGAGUGUGCAGAAGGUCUGAGCUCCUGUGGUGCUCACUCUCAGUGUGUGAACUUGCUCGGAAGCCAUCGCUGUCAGUGUCAUGGCGGAUUUGAGUUUGGAUAUGAUGGACGCACAUGUCAGGAUGUGGACGAGUGUCGUGACCAGCGAUGCCACACCCAGGCUAUGUGCUCAAACACUCCAGGAUCAUUCCAGUGUCAGUGCCAACCAGGAUUCCAUGGAGAUGGUUUCCAGUGUUAUCCGAAUGGAGGUCGUCCCAAGACCCAAUGCGAGCAGCACAGAGACAGUCUUCAGGGUGGAACAGGUGGUGUUCCUCUGAUAGGAGCCUUCAUCCCUCAGUGUGAUGAUGAGGGUCAGUACAGACCGCUGCAGUGUCAUGGCUCCACAGGUCACUGCUGGUGUGUGGACAGUAGGGGGCAGGAGAGAGACGGCACCCGCACGCCACCUGGAACCCCACCAAGAAACUGUGAUGAGCCAGUUCGUCCCAAGACCCAAUGCGAGCAGCACAGAGACAGUCUUCAGGGUGGUACAGGUGGCAUUCCUCAGAUAGGAGCCUUCAUCCCUCAGUGUGAUGAGGAGGGUCAGUACAGGCCGCUGCAGUGUCAUGGCUCCACAGGCCACUGCUGGUGUGUGGACAGUAGGGGGCAGGAGAGAGUUGGCACACGAAUGCCGCCCGGAACCCCACCAAGAAACUGUGAUGAGCCAGUGCCACCAACCCAGCGUUCUGAGACGGUGUGUGAGCGUUGGAGAGCCAGUCUGCUGCAGCACUAUGGAGGCCAGCCAGACUCCCAGCACUAUCUACCUCAGUGUGACUCUGGCGGUGAGUUCAACCCGGUACAGUGCUAUGGAGACAGCAGCUACUGCUGGUGUGUGGACCGAGACGGGCGGGAAGUACCUGGAACCCGCUCACACGACACUGUGAAACCAGCCUGUAUACCUACUGUGGCCCCACCCACCACACACCCACUGCCCCGCCCAGAUGUUACUCCACCCCCAACAGGCACAUCUCUGCUCUAUGCUCAGGGGCAGCAGAUUGGAGUUUUGCCUCUUAAUGGCACACUGAUGGACAAGCAGAGAUCUUCAGUGCUGCUUGCUUUACAUGGCUCUAUAGUGGUUGGUAUUGAUUACGACUGCAGAGAGAGGAAAGUUUACUGGACAGAUCUGGCAGGAAGGACCAUCAAUCGGGCCGGUCUGGAGCCAAAAUCAGAACCGGAGAUUGUCAUCAACACAGGUCUGACAAGUCCCGAAGGCCUCGCUGUGGAUGUUGCCCGUAGAAGACUGUUUUGGGUGGACAGCACACCGGAUAAAAUAGAAACAUCUAACCUUGAUGGAAGUAAUAGACGUGUUCUGUUUGAAACAGACUUAGUGAAUCCCAGAGCCAUCAUUGUGGAUUCCCCUACAGGAACCCUCUACUGGACUGACUGGAACCGAGAAGCCCCUAAAAUUGAGAGCUCCUCUGUGGACGGGCAAAACCGAAGAGUUCUGGUGAGGGAUGGCAUCGGACUGCCCAAUGCUUUGACCUACGACUCCACUACGCGCCAGGUCUGCUGGGCCGAUGCAGGAACAAAGCGUCUGGAGUGUAUAUCGCCAAAUGGUACAGGGAGGCGCGUGGUCCACAGCAACCUAAAUUACCCCUUUAGCAUGGUCUCCUACGCCAGUCACUACUACUACACAGACUGGAGGAGAGAUGGGGUCAUUACUCUUGGCCGAGAUAGUCAAUUUACAGAUGAGUACUUGCCUGAUCAGAGGUCUCAUUUGUAUGGCAUUACAGUUGCUCCGCAACACUGUUUAUAAGGGAGGUGCUAAUGACAGAGCCAAUGUUACAUGGUGCUAUUUCGGGUGGUUCUUAUAGUGCUUGUGCUAUGGAAAUUGCAAAGAGAACCCAUCAGAGAACCUGCAAGCCUCAACAAACAUCACCAUCAAUGCCAGAGCACAAAUUUACAAACAUAAAAACGUGAAUAUUUUCUCAGAGUAGUUUUGUAAAUUUGUUCUAUACCUCAUUUCUUUCUACUGACUUUUUUUUUGUUAAAAAAUAAAUAAAAAGACAAACAAAAAACUAAAGAACUCCAGAGUUAAGUUGUGUAAUUUGUAUGUUUUCUAAGUACACUAAAAUUCAGUUUUUGAAAAUUCUGUGCACUAUUUGUCUCAAGAAAUCGCAUUGAACUUAUCCAAAGUGGUCUUAUACAAACUUUAAUUUUUAAUCAUUUUUUUAUACUUUUGUAAGAUGUGAUAUUUAUAACAAUAAAAUGUGAUUGACAA